AUGCGGGCCCACAGCAAGGACCCCGUCCCCUUUUCCAUCCACACACUUUACAGCUCCAUCAGGAGCCGCCCACAGCCACCCCACGCGCAACAGAGACCAGGAGGGGCAGACUCACGCCAGCCCCUCUGCUUGCGUAAGAACGGGGUCAACUGUCCAGCACCUCAGGGUAGAGCGGCAGCCUCACCUGCCCCUUCAGGCCCGUCUCAGCUCUUCUCGCUGGUCCAACCCACUCUCCCCUUGUUUGUCGCCGGCUGCCUCAGGAGCGCUAAUCACCAUCCCGGCGGCGCCUCUCCCUGCUCAACCUGCUCCCGUGCUGUCCUAGGCAGGGGCUUCAUCCGCGACUCCAGUGAGUUAGGGGCUGAGGUCUUGGCUGCAUGCACAGACAGAAGUCCGUGUGGCUCCCUACAGAACCGCCUGCGAUUACAUUUCCCCAGAUACGGCAGAAUUUGCUGCAUACUUACGCUCCUACGUGGCAACAUCACGCUGAAGUGUAUACAUGAUGUGACCGGCGUUGGAGGACACAGUGUGACUUCAGUCAGCUCUGAGCGUUUUGUGACUUCUCUGUGGGUUUGCACUCUCUGCUCAGGAAAGCACCUGGGGAUCCCCCAUAUGCUGGUCCCUGCUGCUCAGGGUCUGAUGUCUGCUCCUUGCCUCUACCUGGCAAGGGCACAGGUGCUCUGUCAAGGGCCCUGGGAGAGGCUGAGCCUCCUGAACCUGGGAUUCCCAUCCCUUCUCCAGUUUUCACAGGAGGAAAGUCAGCUGAUGGGAACCCCAACCCUGAAAGGAAAAGUCCUCCUUUGUCCAUAGGGGCCUGCAGCCCCACCUCCCUGCCCCCCACACCCAGGGAGAUCUUGCCUUUGUGAUGCACUCAGGCAUCACAAAGGAAGCCUGGCUGCUCAGGGUGACCUUUAAUCCUGAUCACCUGGGAAGCCCAGAGCAUCCCGAGGCCAUGGGCAUUGACACAGCAAGGCAGAAACCUGAUCAAAAUAAAGACAGGGACACAGACCACUCUGCGGCCUUGUCUUCUUCCCGGGUCCGGACACAAGGUGGGAAGAGGAAGCAAUUCUAAGAUUUGGGUAGCCAUUUCCAGAACCCUGCCUUGAGAGAGCACAGAGCUGACUGAAGAGUCCCCUAUCAGCAGGGGCGAGGGAAGAAAGCUAGGAAACCAACCAAGCCAAAAAGGUCACUGUCAAGUGUUGAGGCCACUUUGAAAUAGUGUCCCUGGACUGCUAAUUGCUGCUUAAGGAGAAAAAAGAAAACCGACAGCUCGGAUUGCACCUGUGAGAGAGGAGCCCUAAACAACAGUAGGAAGCAAAGCAGUUGGUUCUAGGAUCAGCUGCAGCUGGGUUCUCUCUCUCUCUCUCUCUCUCUCUCUCUCUCUCUCUCUCAUAUUCUCUGUCUGUCUGUCUGUCUGUCUCUCUCUCUGUCUGUCUCUCUCUCUUUCUCUCUCUCUCUCUCAUCACUGAGAAGAAACAUCUAGUCCCACCUGGUCUCCUUACCACUGACUUCACUGACUUACAUGGAUUCCAAACUACGAUGCUACCUGGUGACUUUUCUUCCAUUACUUCUACAGGCAGUAGUUCUCUUUAAAGUAGUCCUUAAAGGGGCCAGAGGCUGUGCUUUGAUCUUGGUGGUACCUUGCUUUUGGGCAAAGUUUAAAACAAUGGAGCUCAGGCUGGAUCAGGAAGAGGUUUGGGGAAAGCAAGCUUAGGUGUCUUUUCUCCCACUUUCCCCUACAAAAGGCACAGCAGAGGAAUUAAUUAUUGGAUCAAAGUUGACACUUUGUGUACUUAGGCCAGAUCUGCAGAGCAGCCAUAAUUAAUCCAAACAAAAUAAUUAUUAUAAGAAUAACCUUUGUGCAGUUAUGAGUACCACCAAUAAUCCCAGGAAUGGAGAGGGAGAGUGAGAGAAUCGACUCCCCGUUUGUAAUGUAACUCCCCCGCCCCGAGCUAUAGAACAGAGCAGUAAGGAAUGUUUCACUCCCUAAUUCCUCCUUGAGAUAUCGGGGCAGGACAGGAAGGAAUGAAUCUGCUAGUCAUUAACCACAAGACGUUCUGUCCUCUGUAAAGAUAAAGAUAAGUAAAGGAAUGUGCUGUUCAAACCAGACCGAGUUGUACCUGGCACUCUGAGAUUAGACCAGGACCCUCAGUCUCCAUGGUUACUCAGCCCCAGACACCUCGAAUCAGCAUCUGCCAAGUCCUGCGCCGUUCAAAAUUAACCAAUGCGAUCUGCUUCUGUAAACCUGCUUGCUUCCCGCUUGUGCCCUUAAAAACCCUGCACAAAUUCCCCUCGAGGCCCUCCGCACUCGUUUGCCUGGGGGACCCCAUGCGCAUGGAAAUAAACUUUUUUUGCCUCACCA